AGUUUUAAGUAAUUAUUUUGCUGUCUCGACACAAAUUAUAUCGUCUAAACGUAAAGAUUCAGUCAUUCAAGUUAAUUCCUGUCUCAAGUCAUCAUAUGAAAUAUUCAUUAAUUUAACUUAAUAGCAGAAAUAAUAAUAUUGACCAUCAACGAAAUGACAAAAACCUAAUUAUAUGCCUUAAAAAGUAGAUUCUAUCUUGAAUGUGAUUGAUUAGACUUGAAUGAAAGAUCAGUAACUUUGUGUAGCUCAGUCAUGUGGAAUAUUCUCUCCAGAGGGAUGGAUAAAGUCAUAACCUGUUUCAACAAGUGUCCAGAUGCUUCUGUCCGUCUCAUCUGUUUUCCAUGGGCAGGUGGAGGCUCUAUCCACUAUGCUCGCUGGGCCAAAACUCUACCCAGCUCUAUUGAGGUGUACUCCAUUAGACUGCCAGGCAGAGAAGGGCGAACCAAGGAACCAUUUUUUCAAAAUAUGCAGGAGAUCCUUGAUGAGGUCAUCGGUGUCCUGCUUUCACAACUGAAGGAAAAGCCAUUUGCACUCUUUGGACAUAGUUUUGGAGCUAUGACCUGCUUUGCCUUUGCUGAGCAUGUCAAGAAAGUCUACAACCUUGAGCCGAUCCACAUGUUUCUCUCUGGAGCCUCUGCACCAUAUUCCGAGGCAAGACUUCAGGCACCAAGAAGAAGUCAUCUGUCAGAUGAUGAGUUUCUUAUAUGGGUAACUUCUAUUGGCGGCACACCACCAGAGAUACUGGCCAAUGCUGAGCUCGCCAAACUCUUCUUGCCUGCGCUGAAAGCAGACCUCUGUGUAGCAGACAGCUAUAGGUGUAGCAGACCAUCAAAACCCUUUCUGUCAUGUCCAGUGUCAUGUUUUGAUGGAAAAGAGGAUUCACCUCAUGAUUUACAAGCUUGGAAGAUCAUGACUAGCGGUGACUUUACUGUGCAGAUGCUUCCUGGAUCUCAUUUUUACCUGAAAGAAGCAGCAAAUGAAAAAUAUAUACUGGACAUAAUCACAAAACAUAUUGAGACGGCGGAGAUGGACUAUCUUUAGAACUGAUCUGACUGCAUUGUCAUAUUUAGUUUCUUGUUAUUGUGAAGAAAAAAAUAUAUAUAUAACAGCUGACACAGACCAAUAAACACCUGAAGUAAUCAUUCCAUUUAUUAUAAAGCUCUGAAAUGAAUAUGAAUGAAUAUAAAUAAUAUUUAGAUAUAAACCUUGAUGUAUAGAUACAAGAAUCUGAAAGGAUGAAUGGAAAUCUGCAACAUGAAUGCAAUUACUGAACUAUACAUAUGUUAAAAUGUUUUAUAACGGUUUGAAUUAAAUGAGAAUUC